UUCCUCUAUGAAGAGAGUAAGGCUGCCCACCAUUCCACAAUGGCCUCCCUUGCUGUGGCAAACGCGAACUUUUGCAUCAACCUCUUCAGAGAGAUGGAUAACAGUCCAGGGAGUGGAAACGUGUUCUUCUCUUCUCUGAGCAUCUUCACUGCCCUGGCCCUGGUCCGUCUGGGUGCACGUGGUGACUGUGCUUCUCAGAUUGAUAAGAUACUUCACUUCACCAGGCUCUCAGGAUGGGGCAACUCUUCCAGCACGCAGCCAGACCUUCAGUCUCAACUGAAAAGAGUUCUCUCCGACAUAAACACAUCCCAUAGGGAUUAUGAGCUCAGCAUUGCCAAUGGCCUUUUCGCAGAAAAAGUGUUUGACUUUCGUAAGAACUAUAUUGAGCAUGCUAGAAAAUUAUACAAUGCCAAAGUGGAACGAGUUGACUUUACAAAUGAUGUAGAAGAUACCAGAUACAAAAUUAAUAAAUGGAUUGAAAAUGAGACACAUGGUAAAAUCAAGAACAUCUUUCAAGAAGGUGGCAUCAGCUCCUCAGCCGUCAUGGUGCUGGUGAACGCUGUUUACUUCAAGGGCAAGUGGGAGUCGGCCUUCUCCAAGAACGAAACCCUAAAUUGCCGUUUCAAAUCUCCCAAGUGUCCUGGGAAAGCGAUCACCAUGAUGCAUCAAGAACGGAAGUUCAAUUUGUCUGUCAUUAGGGACCCGCCCAUGCAAGUUGUUGAGCUCAAGUAUCAUGGUGGCAUAAGCAUGUACAUCAUGCUGCCCGAGAAUGACCUGUCCCAAAUCGAAAACCAGCUGACCUUUCGGAAUCUAAUGGAAUGGACCAAUCCAAGAAAAAUGAGGUCUCAGUAUGUCGAGGUGUUUCUACCUCAGUUCAAGAUAGAGAAGAAUUAUGAAAUCAAGCACCAUUUAAGAGCCCUGGGGCUGAAGGACAUCUUUGAUGAAUCCAGAGCUGAUCUCUCUGGUAUAGCUUCAGGAGGUCGUCUGUAUGUGUCCAAAAUGAUGCACAAGUCAUACAUAGAGGUUACUGAGGAAGGCACAGAGGCGGCUGCUGCCACAGGGAACAACAUAGUAGAAAAGCAGCUCCCUGAGUCCAGGGUGUUCAGAGCUGAUCACCCAUUCCUCUUUGUCAUCAGAAAGGAUGACAUCAUCUUGUUUAGUGGCAAAGUCUCUUGCCCUUGA